AACCAAACUUCAGGGAAAUCCCCCAAAACACUUUCAUGGUCUAUAUAAUAAGUUCAACAAAUCAUGGAUACCUUUUACUAGCGAUCAACUUUGGUACCCAGGAGGAGCUCCCAAAAAUGAACAUUCUAAUUGUUUUCGCCCUUCCGCUCUACAUGGCUUCCUUGGUUCGGAGCGCACCUCUUCCAGGGUUAUCCGGGGAUAACUUCAGAUCACUUGUGGAUACAGAUUUUUACAACAACGUCGACAUCAGCCUCAGUAUACUGAGGAAAAUCGUCCACGCCAUUCCCGAGACGCACAACGCAUGCCUCACCUCAAAGGCAUUUGAGCUCAACUCGACAAAAGGCGAGUUUACGUUGGUGGCAGAAAGAAUUGGCAUUCCCGUCUCCCCCGCUCUUCAUCUCUUGUCAGAAAAUUCUACUAUGGAGACCAGUUUGGUCCUGAUGUCUGAGGGCCUUCUGCUGCAUCAAUCUCUGCUCAGCAAUAUUUCCACUCAUCUGGGACCCCAGGACACAGUGACAGAGCUGCUUACCGACAUCAGAGAUCUGCUGUUCCACAUCCGCAAGCUGCUGAAGGACAUCAAGGUGGAUUCAGCGGAGCAACCCACGGCCCGCUGGCCGGACCUCAAUCUGUCCGAUGACUUUGAUGUUCAGGUGACGACUCACCUCACUCUGCAGCAGCUGCAGGGCUUCGGCCAGGACAUGGAGCGGAUCCUGAGACUAGUGGCCCAAGCCAACGAGGACGUGACCCAGCCCACCGACUCUGAGCAAUUGUAGUGAAGAAAGCCCCCACACUCCAUGCCUCCCACCCCACACUCCAUGCCUCCCACCCCACACUCCAUGCCUCCCAAACCAGUCUCCCUGCCUCCCACCCUAGUCUCCAUGCCUCCCCCCAGACUCCAUGCCUCCCAAACCAGUCUCCCUGCCUCUUACCCUGCACUCCAUUCUCCCCCGCAAAAUCCGAAGAAACUCAAAGAAACAAGACGAGUAGCUAUAGGAAUCAGAACACAAGGGGGGUAUGUCUAUGUUUGAGUUAGAGUCUGGAUCUGCCGCCACACAGGGGCGGCAGAUCCAGAUGUGGACCUCAACAUCCUGAAAGUCUACAUCAGGGAUUUCAACUUGAUGGGAGUAUCAUGGAUGUAUCAUUUUAUUUAUUAAUAACCGUAUUUUAUUUAUAUAUAUAUAUAUAACUUAUUUAUUUUUUCUAUUUUGUAUUUAUUUUUGGAAACGUGCUUUCGAUAUUGACAGUGAUUGGAUUAUUUUGAUAUACCAGACUUUCAUUUAAGGGUUGGUCUUGAGUAGGAUCUUGGGAACCAGAUUGUUAUCAUACAGACAUUAGCCGCGUUUACAUGGACACAUCUGAUCCGCAUAGAAAUCUAUGCGGAUCAGAUGUGCCAUGUAAACGCGGCUAUUUGCAUCAUGGAGCUGCUGGCAAUUCUAAUGGUGUAGAAUAAUAGAUAGAAUAAUAUUCAGUAAAUGGAAUGACUGUGUUCAUUUGUGAAUGACUUUCAAGCUCCUUAGACCAUACUGCCAAACCUCCCAUUUUUUGGAAGAUUAUACUUGAAACAAAGCAACAAGCUGGGUGAGACGUGACCAGCAAAAUAAUUUGGCCCCUCAGUUUCAACUUGCGGUUUUGUUCAAAUCGGUCCUUUUGUAAUACAGAAGUGAAAAAAGUAAUUUCGUUCCGAUUUGAGUGCCAAGUGUCUUUUUCCCUGACCUGUUCCCGAGAGGAAACGUCACAGGAUGUUUGUUGUAGUGUCAUGCCAGGCCAGACUUUGCAAUAUGAAGAAAUGUAGCAACGUCCCCAACAUGUGACUCGACUGGCGAUGUUGCGUUGGAGUUGUGGGUCAUUGUCAAACUGCGUUUUUACUUUUUUUUUUUUUAUUUGAACUGUGUAACCACAUGGUCAUGUGUUAUGCUGCUCAGAUAAUUACUAUUUGCGGGGAAGAGAAAUAUUUAACAUGCCUUAAGAUGAAUAUGUACCUAAUUUAUACUAGUUGUUUACCAUUUUACAUAUUUUCAAGCUGCACAUAUAUAUUUAUUAAAAAUAUUAUAUUAAAAAAU